AUGCGCUGCCACGACUUGGCAUCAGCUCUGUUGCGGGAAGCGUGGGGAGCAUGGAGGAUCCAGAAGCAUUGCCAAGAGGCGAAUGAACGACCGGGGUUCGCUGAGCACGUCGCCCACGCCGCCUCGAUGCUGUGUUCAUGCGCCGGGAAUCUCGGUAAUCAUCAUUUAAGUCCUCUGGGCUGUCAAAUGGUCAGCCGGGGUCGCUGGAGCUCUCCAGGGAAGGCGCAUCCGGCGCAAUUUGUGAUUCUGGGCCAUGCAAGAAACUUUGAACCGCCGCAAUUGGUCCCAGCCGGCCGCGGUGGGGACCUUGUCGGAACCGCAGCUCCGAAUCUCCUGGAAGAGGUGGCCCCUACCAGCCGCGUUGCGGCCCGCGAUUCCAAGGCUCGGCGGGCUCCCGAGAGCGCCAUGCCACUGGCCCGCCCGCUUGCAAAGCGCCGUGAUUCGCCGGCCGCUUUAGCGUCGUUCCCGGGGAAGGCACAAAUCGGCCUGUUCCGGCGGGAAGGCGGCGCUCAUCCCAUCUUCCUCGUGCACAUUAUCAUCUCGUUUCGGAGAAAUACUGCACAGUCAUGGCAACAGCCUGAUAUUGUGUGUGCUGGGCGGCUGGGCGUGCUUAUCUACCCGUUCUUCCCACGAUCGCAGGAGCUGGGCCGGGCCGUUGUCGUUCGGCCUUUGAAGUAG